UCUGGAGCCUUUUUCAAAAAUUUGAAGUUCAAGUCUCAAUGUUUAUCAUGUCUGCUUUUUAUUCUGAGACUGAAGUUCAUACGAACUACAGUUACCGAUGGUACUAUUUCAUCUAUGUGUUGGUACUGUUAAUAGAUACAGCCUCUCUACACAAUUUAAUUGAAGGCGUUGAAGGAGACUCCAUCAUCUUGCCGUGCAGUCACAAAAGCAUUGCACUUGAAGAACAACAGUUAACAGUACACUGGAGGCACAAAGACACCAGAAAUGUCUAUGAUAUUAUCCACGGUCGGGUUUCUGUACAAGAACAGGACCCAGCGUACAAAAUCAGAGCCACAGUUUUACCUAAAGAGUGCAAGAAAGGCGAUUUCUCUCUUAUACUCACCGAUCUUCAACGCUCUGAUGGAGGAAUGUAUCUCUGUUUUGUCCCAGAUGCAGGAGUUUUUCAAAGUGUACAACUGGUUGUCAAAGAAAGAUCAUUCACAAAACACACAGCAGCUCAAGUAAGAAGCCACGGUACGAAAGCAAGACUGGGAAAGUCUCUACAUUUCCUAAUUCCUGUAUUUGGAUUAAUUCUAUGCUUUGUUUGAAUGGGUCUUUCUGGUCACUCCAUUGCACAUGAAGUACAGAGCGAGAGGCAUCUAUAACUGAUACCAAAAUCUACAGAACCAGAACUUUGAGCCCCAGUUGAGGACUGAAAAUGGCACUAGUCUGGCUUGGGAUUCACCAAUAUAGAAAUUCUCAGAUUUUGUUAUGGGUGAUAUCCAAUAUGAUAUUUACAUGCUUUAGGCCUCAGAACAUUAUAAAGUACAGUAUCGUUUUCCAAUGAUACCAAUUACAUGAAGCUUGACUACUAAAAGUGAUACCUCAAUCAAUCAAGUCCUGUGGAUGCAAGAAGUUCACACAGUGGCCAUCUUGGUAACGCCCCGGCAACUAUUUUGAAGUCAUGCAAGUGCAUCCCAUUUCUCAAAAAUUGUUUCGAUAACAUAAAAUCCACAGUAAAAUCUGACAUCAAUGGUAUCAUAAAUAUUGCUGAAAGUUAGCCUUGAAUAAGCAUAUUUCAGUCCAACUUUAGAUUGCACUUUUAUGUGAAAUUUGUGGUUGUUGCUUGUAUAUUAUGUGCCGUGCUUGUAUAUACAUUCUUCACACUACAGACUGAAUUGUCCAUUAAUAAAAGGUAACAAUAAAUGAAAUUUUCAGUUAAGUAUUUCUUAAUAAAACAUGAUAAAUAUGAAGGCUAUAAUGAUUAAGGGGUUUCUGUGUUCAUUUAUUUAAAUGGCGAUAUUUAGGAUUAUGAACAGGCAGAGCACGACUAAUGAAGGACUCGAGUCAUCUUGUCAUGCAGAGAUGUAAAGUUUUGGGAGAUGGCUGAUAGAACCUCAAGCAAAAAGUAAACCCCAGAGAAUUAUAGGAAACACUCAAAACACAACAACACACAUACAGGUUUGCGGCCAGUACAAACUGUAUUGUAAGAAAAUAACUGGUAGGAAAAAUGUAUAAUUGAGGACUUGAAAACAGCAAUACUACCAAACACGUACAGUCCUAGUGAUGCAAAACGUAAUAAUUUACAUCAUACUCAUCCAGCCAGCAUUCAGUUCUUACUUUUCAAACAUGACAACAUACAACAACAGUCAUAACACUUGACAUUAGUAUUAAACACAAUGGCUUGGCCACUAACUGUAUUGAACCCUACACAAUUCUGUUCUCAAUAGACAUCCACACAAAUUCAAAGUGUCAUACUGCUUGCCAAAGCAUGAAACUUCAGGUGAAAUCAAAAACAGGACUGCGUUAUUCUGGAAAAUUCCAGUUGGUUAUGGCACACCCCUUGUCAAGGCUGGAAUUUUGUCCAAGAGGAAAGUGGCAAGUGCUGCUUUCCUUUGUAGUAAUAACUUGUCCACCAAUUUUUUUUGUAGAAAUUCAAAUUGCCUGCUUGUACAAAUAUACCUGUCCACAAAUGCAUUUUUCUUUGAUGCAGGUAAGGUGGAAAUUUGUUUGUUUGUGAAAGCGACUGAAGGUGCAAGAUUCUGUUUUUCUUUACACAAAAAAUAAAAUAAAGCAUUAAACAUGAUGCAUGUCAA